CCAGGCAAGUCGUGUCUGCGGCUGCCACCAUAAAGAGACUUGCCUCUUGAAAAGUCCCCAAACGCGGCUCAAACGCUAACGGAAUUUUUUAAACCGAGAGCGAAGAAAACAGAAAACUGCAUCAUUUGCAUAAAGCAAAUAGAAAACGUAACGAAAAUAACUUGGUCCCAAGUUGAUUUGGAUUUUGUGUUGUUACUUCGCGUCGCAUAACUGACAUUUCUGACAUUUCGCGCGCCCUCUUUUUUCCUUGGAUAUUUCCAGCGGUAUCGUGUUUGUUUCGAAAGAAAAUAGUGCAUUGAUAUCUGAUUAAUUGAAAAAACAAUAAUAGUUCAACGAAUUGGAAUUCCCUGGUGAACCAUGCGAGUCUUAUUGGCACUGUGGGGCACUUUGUGCCUGUGGGUGGUCGCUGCGGAUGCACAAGGAUUUAUACCACCACCCAAUGUUGGGCUUCACAAUGGGCCGCCCUUUCACAACUCCCAGCGCCGUCAGCUGAAUCUGCAGCAGUACAAUCAGCAAAACUUUGUCCAGGCGGGCGUGGAGCUGCCCAUUCCCCACCGCGCCCAACAUAGUCAGCAUCUGCAUCACCAGCAGCCGCCGCAGCAACAUCGCUUCGGGCAGUUUUCACAGCAGCAGCAGCAACUGCAGCCUCAGCAGCAGCAACAUCAGCCCCACAGCAAUCAACAGUUCCAACGUUCGACCCAAAACCAACUGCAGACCGCUCCACAAUUCCCCCAGCAGCAACAGCAGUUGUCCCCGUCCGCCGCUGGCUUAGAUCUUCAUCAUCAAAACUUCUUGGACUUACGCAACUUUGCCGGCUCCCAGCAGCAACAGCCACAGCAACAACAUCAGCAGCAGCAACAUCCACAGCAGCAACGCCAUCAGCAAUUCGAUUCCCGUCUGCAGUCCACGGCUUUCCCACCUCAACCAUCAGCGGAAACCUACCAGCAACAGCAAUUGCAGCAGCAGCAGCAGCAACAGUUUGCCUUCCAGCAACCCCAGCAAUUCGGACCCCAAGUUCUAGCACAGAAAAAGCCUACGACUGGCCUCCUACAGAAGCUGCCCGGCCAGGCGCCAGUGCCCACAUUCCAGACGAUUCCCCAGCAGCAGAGCCAGUUUAACUACCAGCCACAGCCCAGCCAGCAGCAAUAUCAGCUGACUCCCCAGUUGGGUCUACCAGUGCCGCAGAUCUUCAGCAAUGUUCAGGCCACACCAUUCCCAGAACCCACCAGGGGAACCUUCCAGCAGCAGCCGCAGCAGCAGCCGCAGCAGCAACAACCUCCACAGUACCAGCACCAGUUCGUAAAUGCACCUUCUCCAGCUCAACCCCAGGCCCAACCAGCUGACCAGGAGUACAAGCAAAAACUGAUCCAGAAGCAUGAGCAAUUCGUGGCCAAACAGUACGAAAAGUCGCAAAACAAGGUGCGUCAGCAGCACGAGGAAUUCCUGCUCAAACAGCACCAGAUCAAGCAGCACAUCCUGCCGACCAUUGUGACCCAGCACAAUGGAAACUACCAGAACUCACCCUAUAUUGCGGCACCGGCCCGCGGAAGACCCGUGGCCCAUCCCACGGAGUACAAUCAGUUCAGCAGUGCCCUGCAACAGUACUACAAGGAGCAUCCGACGACGACAACAACCACUACGACAACAACCACAACCACUGAGGCCACCACCACGCCAAAGAAGAAUAUCUACGCUCAGGUGAAAUCGGAAUUGGGAAAAUAUCCGAGUGCGAAGGGCAAGAAGCCGGUGAAGACCAUUGCCCGGGAUGAUCUGCUUAAGCAACUGAAGGCCGCGUUGUCGGAGGCACCACAACAACCACUCACCGGCAACAAGACCUACGAUGAGAUGGACUUGGUACUGCCCAAUGGUCAGAGGGUUCAGGUGAUUCGCACCACAGAUCCCAACUUGGUUCAGGGACAGAAGGCGUACUCGCAAGAGCAAUUGCAAACACUGUUGGCCCAACAGGCUUUGGGUGGCGAUGCCAAGCUCAGUUUGAGUGAUGUGGCGCCCAGCAAGAGCAAGGACCUCGAGCUGCCCGGCGGUGGAAAGGUGCAGAUUCUGCGAUCACCCGAUCCCCAGGAGUCGGACACCCUGCCCUCUGGAUCCCUGCCCGGCGGAGUGGAUCUGUCCAGUUUGGCCGCCCUUUAUGGCGGUGGUGCCGGUGACAUCCAGGGCAUCAGUAGUGGAGCAAACAGCAUUGCCAGUUCGGCAGUCAUAACCUCGGAUUCGGAUGACCCACCGUCCCUGGAGGAGCUGGCCAAGCGGGGACUCAUUCCCGAUGGCUACGAGAUCGAGGGACUGAGCUCGAAGUCAGAGGCUCCGGCCACGGCAGCACCACCACCAACUCUGCCGCCCAAGAAGAAAGCCACCUAUGUGUAUCUCGAGGAGCAGACCGAUGGCAGCUUUAAGAUCCAGGGAGUCAAGGCCAAUGGAGAGAAGGAGACUAAACAAACCGGUUCCGAGGUGGAAAGCAUUUUGGAGCGCAUCAGGAGCGGAGAGAUCAAGCUGCCGCCUUCCGUUUCCCGCCUGACCUUGCCCAACGAUGAGUUGGUGGAGAUCAAGAGUGGCAAAAUCAUCCAGACCACCCGUGCACCAACCACAACUUCCACGAGCACCACAACAACCACCACGACGACUACAACACCCACACCUUUUGUUUCCCGCGGAACUCCGAGCAACCACCGACAGUACCACCCAUCGAGGACUUCGACAACAACCACCACAACCAACGCCCCCACAACGGCCCGUCACAAUUUGGUUUUCGAGAGCAGCACCAGCCUCGGAAAUGUGGCUAGUCUGAUCCGCACCACACCAGCUCCCAUUUACGGUGGAUCUACGGUGUCGGUUUCUCCAUAUCUGGAAGGUGUCUCCACCCAUCUGCCAGUGGUCACGGAGAGGUUGUCCGAUGUGGUCAGCAACUCUGAGCUGCUGCCACCCCUACCCCAAUAUGCCGAUGCCCUCGUCCAGGAGACGGAGAACACUGAGAAGGCGGCUCAGGCCAGUCCUUCAACCGGUUCCGUACUGUCCAAUCCCAGCGAGGAUCUUCUUCAGAUCCUCAAGUCCAACGGUCUCUUUGCCAUGGCCAAGUAUCUGAGGCAGUCGGGCCUGGACAGCAUUCUCAACGAAACUGGGCCCUACACCAUCUUCGUGCCCACGGACAAGGCCUUCAAGAAUCUUCUGGUUCAGCUGGGCGGACCAGAGAGAGCCGAGGAGAAAUUCCAGUCCAAUCCCAGGCUGCUGAGCGGGCUGCUGCUCCACCAUGUGAUUCCCGGAGCCUUUGAAAUUGCCACCCUGCAGGACGAGAUGACUGGCGUGUCCCUGGCCGGAACUCAGCUGCGAGUUAAUCAGUACAACAUGCAUGACCAGGAAUGGAACGAUGUGACUCUCACCACCAUCAACGGAGCCAUGGUUGUGCUGAACAAGAAGGACAUCAAGAUCCCACAGGGAGUGGCUCACGCCGUCGAUCGCGUGAUGUUCCCACUGCCAGUUGGAGAUAUUCUUCAGACUCUACAGUCUGAUCGCGAGGGUCGCUUUAGCAAUUUCCUCAAGAUUCUGUAUACCUCUGGACUCUCCGAGAAGCUGCAGAGCAAGGGUGUUAAGACCUACACAGUUUUCGCUCCUGUGGACAAGAGCUUCAGUGAACUGGAUUCCGACACCCUGGAGAAGCUCUACAACGACAAAGAGACCGCCGAGCAGUUUGCCAUGAAGCACAUUGUUCCCGGCGCUCUCUUCUCCGCCGGCAUGCGUUUCUACCAGGUCAAGGACUCCCUGUCCACGGGCAAGACCGUGAUCCUGCAGAAGACAUCCGCCGGCAAGAUUAAGGUGAACGAUGCCCAGAUGGUCACAUCGAACAUUCCAGCCACCAACGGAGUGAUUCAUGCAUUGGAUGGUGUCCUAGCGUGAAGAGAUUAGAGCUGCCGGGGCCCUCAGCGGGCCUUCUUCAAGCAGUUUAUUGUUUAAACCUUAAGACUUAGUUUAAGCGAGGAGGAGUUUCAUCAACCACAUCCAAAAUUGUUAGUGAAAUCUUGCCAAAGUCCUAGAUUGGACUUGAGAAAUUACAAUCUAUUAUAGAACUGGUGCGAGUAUAAGACAUAUACGCAAUGAUUCGGUGCUUUCAUCAACUUUUCUGUAUUGUUUCUUUUUCGCCUUCAUAAAACAGUCAUUAUAAAUAGUUCAAUUUAAGAAAGGAGCAGAGAAUGUGUAAAAUAAACCAAGAGAGGUGGAAUCUGAUUGGGAUCUAUGCUAAGUUCACAUAUAAUUUAU